UCGCCAUGGGUAAAGGAAAGCCGCGUGGUCUUUUGGCCGCCCGAAAGUUGCGAAACCACCGCCGUGAACAGCAGUGGGCCGAUCUCCACUACAAGAAGCGUCUAUUGGGUACAGCCUUCAAGUCCUCACCGUUCGGUGGUUCAUCACACGCCAAGGGCAUUGUCCUCGAAAAGGUCGGCGUUGAGGCCAAGCAGCCCAACUCUGCCAUUCGCAAGUGUGUCCGUGUGCAGCUCAUCAAGAACGGCAAGAAGGUCACCGCUUUCGUGCCAAACGACGGUUGCUUGAACUUCGUCGACGAGAACGACGAAGUCCUGCUCGCUGGUUUCGGUCGUAAGGGCAAGGCGAAGGGUGAUAUUCCCGGUGUGCGUUUCAAGGUUGUCAAGGUCUCCGGUGUCGGUCUCAGUGCCCUCUGGAAGGAGAAGAAGGAGAAGCCUCGUUCAUAGACGAUUGCAUGGCGGGUUCUAUUUCAAAGGCGUUUUGAGUACAGGCAUUGAGGCUUCGUUGAGGUCCAUACUUUUUUGACCCGGCGUGGUUUGCUGAUCUCGUCAUUGUAUGAAAUUCAUGAACGAUUUCCAAACUGACAUACGGACAGACCAUGUGACGAUGGGUGCGAUUUCCUGCCUGAUGCAUUAUAGGUCACCAGAUUCCUGUGCAUACAUCCACGGAAGUGAUUUGAUCAUGUCAAUGUCUGUCUGCAACCACGAUCGCGGCAGAAUCUCCGUGGUUCAUACGUCUCGGAGCCCCAACUGCAACGCCGAAGCUUGCAGAUGGCUGUUGGUUUGUUCUGAUUAAAGCAAUAUUCUUUGAUGGGCCGAGCGUCCUCGAUUACAUAGACUGUUUCAAGUACUUGCAAGCAUUGCUUUAGCAUGGUCACCCGGAUUUCCUGCGCU